AAAAAAAAACUCACGAACGUAAACGCAUGCUCCUCUCCCUCCAUUUCACGUUUCCUCUUGUUCACCGGCUUCCGUUGGAUAUGGAUCUCCUCUCUCUUCUCUCCAACAACAGAGCAUCCUAAAUUACAGAUAUCGGAAGAAGAAGAAGAAGCAGCAGCAUCCAUGGCCAACCCAUAUGAAUAUCCCCCUCCUACUCUUCCUCCUCCUCCUCCUCCACCGCCGGCGCCGGCGCCACCGCCAGUCUACACCUACCCCAUUCCCUAUCCUCUGCCUUCCAAUAUCCCCUCUCCCUAUCAACCCGUCUUCCCGUCUCCUCCCCAACUCUACCCUCCCUUUCCACAGCCGGCCUUCCAAUUCAAUCUCUCCGCACAACCGGUGGCGUUCUAUCCGCCGCCGCCGCCGAACUACCAUUACGGUACCUUCUUAUUACCUCAGCCCCAGCCCCAGACCUACGCCUAUCUCCGUCCUUUUCCCUAUGAUCCUUUUUCCGCUACUGAUCCGGUCCACUCUGUUGGAAAUGAAGGGCUCCUUCCAGCACAAACCUCCUCCUCCACCUCCUCGUUGUCGAUCCAGCCGGUUAACCAUCUCCUUCACAACAUUCGCUUCUCUGAUCCUCCCUCGCUCGCGCCAUCUCCCCCAUCCCAUCGCCGGAACAAUAGUUACGACUACCACUACCAGCCUUCCUCGGAUAAGCCGGCCGGUUCCCCUCCGCCAGAGAACCCCUCCGGCGAGGAAGCGAUCGUGCCGUUCGCUGGGUCCGGGGCCAUCGUGCCGUUCGCUGGGCCCGGGGCCAUCGUGCCGUUCGCUGGGCCCGGGGCCAUCGUGCCGUUCGCUGGGGCCGGGGCCAUCGUGCCGUUCGCUGGGCCCGGGGCAAUCGUGCCGUUCGCUGGACCGGAGGCGAUCGUGCCCUUCUCUGCGUCGGGCAGCGAGCCGGAGAGCGGAGCGAUCGUACCGUAUGAAGGAAAGCCGAAGGGCAAGACGUCGCUUAAGGUGCUACUGCUCCACGGGAGCCUCGACAUAUGGGUGCACGAGGCCAUGAACCUCCCCAACAUGGACUUAUUCCACAAGACGUUGGGGGACAUGCUUGGGGCGAGGAUUACCAAUAGCAUAACUGGUAAGGUGGAUCAGGCGCCCAUAACCAGCGACCCUUAUGUGUCAAUAAUGUUGUGCGAUGCAGCGAUUGGCCGAACCUAUGUGGUGAGCAAUAGCGAGAACCCUGCCUGGAUGCAACAUUUCAACGUUCCAGUGGCUCACCACGCCGCGGAGAUCGAGUUCGUCGUCAAAGACAGCGACGUUGUCGGAGCGCAGCUUAUAGGCUCUGUUUACGUCCCAACAGAGCAAAUUUACUCCGGCGAGAAGGUGGAGGGGGCUUUCCCUAUUCUUGGUACCAACGGGAAGCAAUGCAAACCUGGCGCUUUUCUGAGACUGUCAAUCCAGUACAUUCCGAUGAAUAGACUUAGCAUUUAUCAUCAUGGAGGGGGUACUGACCCCGAGUACAGGGGGGUGCCGAAUACCUACUUCCCUCUCAGAAAAGGGGGAAACGUCACACUUUAUCAAGAUGCUCAUGUUCCUGAUGGUUGCCUCCCGGACCUUCGGAUGGGAAAUGGGAUGCAGUACCAGCAUGGGAAGUGUUGGUAUGACAUUUUUGAUGCAAUAAGCAAUGCUCGCCGUUUGAUUUACAUUGGCGGUUGGUCAGUUUACCAUACUGUUCGUCUAGUAAGAGAUUCUGGCAAUUCACCGUCUCCUAUAUUGGGGGAUUUAUUGAAGUUAAAAUCACAGGAAGGGGUAAGAGUUCUGCUUCUCGUAUGGGACGAUCCAACAUCCAGAAGCAUCUUGGGUUAUCGAACGGAUGGGGUAAUGGGAACUCGUGACGAAGAGACUCGCCGCUUUUUCAAGCACUCUACGGUGCAAGUUUUGCUUUGUCCUCGUUCAGCUGGAAAAAAACACAGCUUUGUGAAACAACAUGAAACAGGAACUAUCUAUACCCAUCAUCAAAAACAAGUUGUUGUAGAUGCUGAUGCUGGUAAUAACAGAAGAAAAAUAGUAGCUUUUAUUGGAGGCCUUGACUUAUGUGGUGGCCGUUAUGACACACCUGAGCAUCCCAUCUUUAGGACGCUGCAAACACUGCAUAAGGAUGACUAUCACAAUCCUAAUUUUGUGAACUAUGAUGAGAGUGGUCCUAGAGAACCAUGGCAUGAUAUGCACUGUAGAAUUGAUGGUCCAGCAGCUUUUGAUGUUCUGCAAAAUUUUGAAGAGCGUUGGUUAAAAGCUGCAAAGCAUCAUGGGAUCAAAAAGUUAAAGAAAUCAGAUGACUCAUUGCUCAGUAUUGACAGAAUUCCAGAUAUUAUAGGGAUUGAUGAUACAAUGUACAGGAAUGAUAAUGAUCCUGAGACUUGGCAUGUUCAGAUUUUCCGGUCAAUUGAUUCAAAUUCAGCAAAAGGUUUCCCAAAAGAUCCAAGCGAUGCUUCCAAUAAGAACCUUGUUUGUGGGAAAAAUGUAUUAAUUGAUAUGAGUAUACAUCAAGCUUAUAUUCAUGCCAUCCGAGCUGCACAACACUUCAUUUACAUUGAGAAUCAGUAUUUUCUGGGUUCUUCAUUUGGCUGGGAUUCAAAUAAGAACUUAGGUGCCAAUAAUCUUAUACCCAUUGAAAUUGCUUUUAAAAUUGCUAGUAAAAUAAGAGCAAACGAGAGGUUUACUGCAUACAUUGUUAUUCCCAUGUGGCCAGAGGGUAAUCCAACUGGUGCUCCUACACAAAGGAUUCUAUUCUGGCAGAUUGCAACUCCAGUGUUGCACAUGUCAAAUGAUUAA